AUGGCCAGCCGUUUAAGUUGCCGACGAUCAACUAUUGGUCCGCGGCAUUCACUGCUACUUCGAGCACCAGAGGAGGUGCCGGUGGAGGUUCGCGGCUUGCCAGAAGAGCUAGCCAGGCGGAUUGCGGCGGCGGCUUCGGAAACUGAGCUUCGGGAUGUUGCGGCCAAGGUUGUCGCAGAGGCAUUGCUGCUAUUGGACCACCGCGGUUUGAUUAAAGACUUGGACAAGAUAUGGCCCACAACUCGGGCGUGCAAGCAACUAGGCACUUCCGAAGUAUUGACCUUGACCUCGGCGAUCAAAAUGUCCUUAGCCUCCACGCUGCGGGACAUCGCACAGUUUGGGGGCAUGCCGCGUCGAAAAGUCCUGGCAUUGUUCAACUUCCUAGCCGAGCUCUGUUGGGCCAAUUACAUAUGUCCCUCUGAGCAUGCAAUUCAGAAGGCAGUACACGGCCUCUUAGAUGCAGCCUUCGUUCUUUCCGAGCAUGCAUGCAGCGCCGAACCGGCUGGAUGGUAUGUGGAAUCCUGCGCGUACUUUUUGGCGCGGGUGGGGGAGAUCAUGAUGCUCAACCCGCUCGAGGUUUUCAACGUCCUCGACCCACUGACAGCCCGCCUCGCAUCUUUGGCUCGGCGGCUCCCGCGACGAACGAAGUCCUUCGUGUGGCUGCUUCUGCGCCGGCGCGAGCUGAUGUGGCGUGGGACCGUGCAGCUGGCUGUCAGCUCCGCAUACUGGCAGGCAUACUCUGGAGCCCGGCUUGUUCUGACCGGCCACUUCAAGGGGGACCCAAAGUCUUGCUCCCUCGCUGAGCUGCCCUGGUGCGCCUGCGCUUCCAUAAUGCGCUUCAUAUGUGAAGGGAACGCGCUGGAUGCCGCAGACGCUCUCUGGAGCAUCGAGAACCAUGCAGACAUCCCGUCAACAGAUGAUUGGCUCUCUGAGUUCUUGGAGAAGCGACCAGCUACACCAAAGGCAAGAGAGGGUAGCGAGUGCAGCGAAGCCAAUUCACCAACUUCACCCUUUCAGAUACAAAUCGAAAGCGAGUAA